UUAUAGAUGGUCUGAUAUUGUCAUUUACCGUCUCUGUUGUCAUUGGACUGGUAAUUGGUGGUAUAAUAUGGCUUCUACUCACAUGCAUGUCCCGUCGUCGAGCCAGUGCAGCUAUAUCCCCAAGAAUGACAAAUUCAUCUAGUCGCCGUCCUAGAACCUCAUCUCAAAACCAUUCUCUAAACAGAUCUGGGUUUUACCGCAACAGUAGUUGUGAACGCAGGAGUAACCUUAGUUUGGCUAGUUUGACUUUUCAAAGACAGACAUCACAGGAGCAAAAUGACCCAUUUAAUCGGAAACCUAGCUUCAGAGCAUCCACAUUCCAUCCAUUCCUACAGUCACCUCCACUACCUGUUGAAGCUGAAAGUCAAAUGGUUACACUUCCCAGAUCCAACAGCGCAUCACCAACGCUUAACAAUGUAAGCAAUCUCGGCCAGCCUGAAUUCCAUUGGUCAAAUAACAACUUGCGUCUUGGUCACUCCACUCAUACUCCACCACCUGCCUAUGAAAGCAUUAUUAAGGCUUUCCCUGAUUCUUGA